UGUUAACAGUCAAGAAGUUUACUUUUUUGUUCUAACAUGAUUUUAGAAUUUCUUUCUUUAUAAUGCCUGCAUUAAAUCCGUCUGUGAGAUGAAAUAAAACUGUAGUGUGAUUCUCAAAAAUACAUCUUGAUAAUGAUGAAGUAUGAUUGUUUAGGUCACCUAUUUCACUGAUGUACUUUUUGAGGACCAGCGUCUUUUUUCUAAAGUCUUCGUCGUAGCAGAUAUUACCUCUUUCAGAGGAUGGACGAUUUUUUUGUACGAAAAUUGGACAUUGAAACCAUCAAUAAAUCUCUUGAUUUAUAUCAGUGUACAAUUGGUGAUGUGGGUUGUGUCGUUUGGGAUGCAGCUCUUGUACUCUCUAAAUACUUGGAAGUUUCUUGCGCGAAGAGUCCUUGGUUGCAAGGACGAAAAAUUCUUGAACUUGGAGCAGGGGUUGGAUGCGUUGGCAUUGUGGCAGCAUGCUUGGGAGGUGAUGUAAUUGUGACAGACUUGCCUGAAAUUUUGCCACUUCUGGAAAAAAAUAUCUCAGCGAAUUCUCAACAAAUUGAAGAAACUGGUGGAAAAAUCAGUGCUCAAACUCUGCGCUGGGGUGACGCUGAGAAUAUUAAGUUACUUCCAAAACCUGACAUCAUCCUAAUGGCAGACGUCAUUUACUAUAAAGAGUCCGUGGAGGCUCUGGUGUCAACCUUGUUGUUGCUCUCUGAUAAAAAUACGACACUAAUACUGUGUCAUGAAAAAAGACAAUCCGAGAAGCAGAAAGAAAUUUUUGAUGCAUUUUAUAAACGCGCAAAAGAACAUUUCAAAUUCUCAGCAGUGCCUCCCAGUGAACAGCAUCCCGACUACUGUUGUCAAGAUUUUUAUUUAUUGAAAGUUAGCCUAUUAACAAUCUAGAAGAUAACCUCUUUUAAGUUCUAUUUUAGGACCUCAUCAGUAGCGCCGAUGCAACUGUCAGUUCUUUAUCAAACUAUUUUUUUAAAUGAUAGUACACUUGGUCCCCACUUGAUCCAUGUCGGUCAUCAGAUCAAAAUUUCUUCCUCUUUUAUCAUUAUUUGGUACUUUUUUCAUCAAGAAUGCAGAGAAAAAAUUUUACUAGCGUUUAGCAAAAAGGAACCAAGUUACAUACUCACAAGAAUUGAAAUGAGGACUGUCCCAAAUUUAAUUAGGAGUAAUUUUUUAUCUUGCUAAAAAUUAAAUGUCCUGAAAGAAUAUUUAAUAUGAUUUGAAGUUUACUUUAUACAUUGGGCAUUCAAAUCUAUUUUCACUUUAAUACUAGUCAAGUUCACUCGGUUUUCCUUUGCUAAACAGUGCCUAAAAAUUUUAGGUGCCUUUUCUUGGUGUUGUCUGCACUCAACUUGCAGUGCUUAUGUGUGGAUAGCCAUCUUUUGAAAAGGAAGAAAAGGGUCUUAAUACCUCAAAUUUCUUUAGAGAAAAGAGGUGUUCUUGUUUUCUUCAGCCAAGUCCCCUUUCUCGCUGACAGUAACAAGUUUUUACUUUAAUUUUGCAUGAUAGAAAAAUAAAAAAAUGUAUUUUCUCUCAAACAUUAACUUCCCACUUGGCAUGAAGAGUAAAACUUUUUGUUUACACAUACUAAUAAGGAAUAGAUGUUUAAUUUGAAACCUUGUUUUCUUUUUUUAAUGAGUUUGUCGAUGUAUUCGGUAUUUUACUGUCUCAGAAUCAAUUUAGAAUAAUUUUUCAAUCAUAUUGUUUUUUACUAAAUCUACAUUUUUGGUUGUUUGUCUGGUACCUGAUUUUUAAUUUUUUUUUAUAACCGUUUUUAUCAUCCUUUUUUUAACCUUGUGAUUUUAUUACAAUCUUAAUAAAAUUACAGAAAGAUUGUUCAUUAUUUUUGCCUGCGGUCUUUUUAACUCCAUUAAAUCUUUAUCAAUACAC